UUGCACAAUUCUAGUCAAAACCUGUAUGUGGGUGCCUUGAACGCAUAGAGGUCCUCUCUGUCUCUAUCUACUCUUCUACAAUGGUGUCUGGGAGGUUGUUGCUGUCCGUGGCAGUCCUCAUUCUCUGUGGGUGUCAGGGUGCACACAGUGGUAAUGUGCUGGUCUUUCCUGGGGAGUUCAGUCACUGGCUCAACAUGCGUGUGAUCCUGGAGAAACUAGUGGAGCGGAACCAUAGUGUCACAGUGCUGAUUUGCUCUGCCUCACCUUCUGUCAACUAUACCAAACCAGAGGGUUUCAGCUUCAAGGUGUAUAAUGUUCCUUUUGAGAGACAUGAUUUGGAGUCUCUCCAGGAGGACUUCCUAAACUUCUGGAUGUACGAGGCUCAGAACGCCUCAAUGUUGCAGGUGGGCCUGAAGAUCCGGGACGUGUUGGGGAGAAUGACAGCGCUACAACUCAACAUGUGUGAUGCCAUGUUUCACAAUGAAGAGCUUAUGCACACACUGAGACAGUGGGAGUUUGACGCAGUCCUUUCUGAUCCAAUGAUGCCAUGCAGUGACUUAAUGGCAGAUGCUCUAAAUGUACCUCUCAUUAUCUCGUUGAGGUUUUCAUUUGGCUUGGUUAUGGAGAGGCACUGUGGGCAGAUACCAGCACCCCCCUCUUUUGUUCCUACCCCCCCUUUGACGUACUCAGACCAAAUGAGUUUCUUUGAGCGGGUCCACAAUUUUGUUAUGUAUAUGAUGCAUUCUAGCCUGUUCUAUAUACACUGCCUAGUGACCAUGGAUAAGUACUACAGUGGGAUCAAGGGUAAGUUGAUCAGAAUUUGUCAAAAAGUUGGAAGGGUCCUUGCACCACAAGCUCAAUUUCAGGUUUGGUUUUUAUAAAGAUUGGAAUAUCUACAAGAAGAAUGUAAUAUCAUAACUUGGUUUAUCAAUCAAUUUUCAAUCAAUUUUAUUUUAUAUAGCCCUUCUUACAUCAGCUAAUAUCUCGAAGUGCUGUACAGAAACCCAGCCUAAAACCCCAAACAGCUAGUAAUGCAGGUGUAGAAGCACGGUGGCUAGGAAAAACUCCCUAGAAAGGCCAAAACCUAGGAAGAAACCUAGAGAGGAACCAGGCUAUGAGGGGUGGCCAGUCCUCUUCUGGCUGUGCCGGGUGGAGAUUAUAACAGAACCAUGCCAAGAUGUUCAAAAAUGUUCAUAAGUGACAAGCAUGGUCAAAUAAUAAUCAGGAAUAAAUCUCAGUUGGCUUUUCAUAGCCGAUCAUUAAGAGUUGAAAACAGUAGGUCUGGGACAGGUAGGGGUUCCAUAACCGUAGGCAGAACAGUUGAAACUGGAAUAGCAGCAAGGCCAGGCGGACUGGGGACAGCAAGGAGUCACCACGGCCGGUAGUCCCGACGUAUGGUCCUAGGGCUCAGGUCUCUCAGUUGGCUUUUCAUAGCCGAUCAUUAAGAGUUUAAAACAGCAGGUCUGGGACAGGUAGGGGUUUCGUAACCGCAGGCAGAACAGUUGAAACUGGUUUAUUCGUGUAUAUCUUUGAUUAAGUGGAUAAGCAAAAUCAAGUUAGGCACUCCUUUGACAGAGCUCUGACUGAAGCAGUGCUUUUCCCAUUGAUGUUAUAUAUAGGACUAGGCCUAUACUAAAGCUGUUCUGUGUGCAAAUCUGCAACAUGUUUGUUAAUGAAUGCUUAUUAUACACAAUGGCUUUUUUAGGACAAUAACUGUUAUAUUCUGAGAGAGAAUCCGCUGUAAAAGUUGUAACAAUAUAAUUACUGAUUAGUUUGUAUAGGUUUUGUGGACUACUUAUUUAGCAGUACUGCGUCUCUUUCAUAAUGCAUCUCGACAUUUAUCAGGAAGACCUACAACUUUAUGCGAGAUCUUGGGGAAGGCAGAUAUCUGGUUGAUACGGACCUACUGGGACUUUGAGUAUCCUCGACCUUUCCUUCCCAACUUUAAAUUUGUGGGAGGCCUUCACUGCAAACCUGCAAAGCCACUUUCAGAAGUAAGGCUUUUAAACACAAACAUAUCAACUGUCUUACAAGAUACUGAAACAAGUCAGUCUAUUGGGCUGAUAUCAUUGAAUCACAAUUAAGUAGAUUGUGUUGAAUUUCAGGCCAUGGAGGAGUUUGUGCAGAGUUCAGGAGAUGAUGGAAUCGUGGUGUUUUCACUGGGGUCCAUGAUCAAGAACCUAACUAAAGAGAGGGGAAACACCAUAGCCACUGCAUUGGGACAAAUACCACAGAAGGUUAGUCUGUUGCUUUUUUUAAAUAGCUUUGUUACAUUGUUAUAAGCAGAGGUGUCAUCGUCUCCCUGAUCCCGAUAUUUGAUCCAUUUGUACAAUUCAAACAUACAAGCUAGUUUACAGUUUUCCUUUACAUAUAAUUAUGUCAGAGAUAUUGAAUUUGGCCAUCAGGGCUCCUUCAAAAAACCAUAGCUUUUGGUUAUGAGUACCGUUUCAUUGCAGAUUCUCAUUCAUAUUCCUGUUUUCUCACCAUAGGUGCUGUGGAGAUACAGUGGGGAGAAACCAGAGACUCUUGCCCCCAACACAAGAGUUUAUGACUGGAUUCCACAAAAUGAUUUACUUGGUGAUAUGUCUUUCUUUAUAACGGUCAUAAACAUAUAAACAGUCCUUGCGUACAACAGUGUUCAACAACCCUACUUCCUCUCAUUGUGUUGUAUCAAAAAGGUCAUCCAAAGACCAAAGCCUUCGUCACCCACGGUGGGACUAAUGGACUAUAUGAAUCCAUUUACCAUGGAGUCCCAAUGGUGGGCAUCCCUCUGUUCGCUGACCAGCCAGAUAAUAUCAGCCACAUGAAAAACAAGGGAGCUGCUGUAAUGGUGGACUUCAACAAGAUGACAUCCAAAGACCUUGUGGAUGGCCUCAACAGUGUGAUCAAUGAUCCAUCGUAAGACACAAAUAUACAACUGGUUUCCUCACUAACUAGUUUCCUCACACCAACCUUUUGGGCAACUGUUGAAAAUGUGCAGUGAAAUAACUGUCUCUAUUCCCCUUUCACCAGGUAUAAAGAAAGCAUGAUGAGGCUGUCAAGAAUCCACCACGACCAACCAAUGAAACCCUUGGAUACAGCUGUGUUCUGGAUCGAAUUUGUGAUGCGUAACAAAGGGGCUAAGCACCUGAGGGUGGAGGCCCAUAACUUGAGCUGGUACCAGUACCACUGUCUAGAUGUGGCAGCUGCCCUGCUCGCCAUAGUGGCACUCGUCAUAGUUGUAUCCAUUAAAACAUGCAUUUUCUGCUUCCGCAAGUGCUGCAAGAAAGCUAAAGCAAGACAGAAGACAGAGUGA